AAAGUUCUAAAGGCCUGACGGUCACACUGCGCCUUCAGCACGUGUAGAAUUUUUGUAACUUCCAACAACAUUUCCAAAUAGUUUAAGUGCAAAGUUAUACUGGCAAAAAACAUGGUCAGUUCGGAAGCAACUGGAACUGCAAAGGUGGCGAAAACAGGCACUAAGCCUCCGCCGGCCUUCAAGCCCAACAAAUCGCCCGGUAAACCGAUCAAUGGACAGAAAUUCAAAUCUGCCGGAGGAGGUGCCAAGAAAUUUGAUAAGCCAGGUGGAGCAGGGUCGGGCAAGCGGUUCGACAAGUCCAGCGGUGGUGCGGGAGGUUUCAAGAAGUUUGACAAGUCUGGCGGAGGAGCGGGAGGAUUCAAAAAGUUCGAUAAAUCCGGCGCCGGUGGCAAAAAGUUCGGCGGAAACAACAAUAAUAAGUUCGCUGGAAAGCCACAGGCACCGGCUGAGGGCGAAAAACAGGAUUGGGCCAAGUUCAAGCAGGAGAAAAAGGAUCUCAAGCUGAAGCGUAAGAGCACCAGAGACACCUACGAAAUUACCAAGGAGGCCAAGCAGAUCUACGAGAAGCUCCGAUGCCGCCGCACGGAGAACAAGGACAAGCUGGUCGAGCAGAUAUACAAGGUGCUCAACGUGGGCGACACCAUAUCCAAGGUGGUUAAGGCCCACGAUACCGCCCGCGUGCUUCAAUGUAUGCUGAAAUAUGCUUCUCCCGCUCUCCGGGCCGAAAUCUCGGAGCAGCUGCUGCCCUUCACCGUGGACAUGUGCCAGUCAAAGUACGCCCAGUUUUGCGUCCAGCGAAUGCUUAAAUAUGGAGCACCAGCAACCAAAUCGAAGCUGGUGGAUAGCCUUAUGGGUCACGUAGUACGGCUUGCUGGUCAUAGCAUCGCCAGUAGUUUGCUAGACACUAUGUACCAGAGUGCCACACCCCAGCAGCGUAUCCAUAUGCGACAGGAGUUCUACGGUGACCUGUAUCGUAAGGCGAAGGAUUCGAAUGUCAAGUCGCUAAGUGACACGUAUAAGGAAACAACCAAUAUGAAGGCUUCUAUUCUGGGCUCUGUGAAAGCAAAUCUGGACCAUGUGGCCAAUAAACAGUUGGUAGAUAGUUCGCUUGUCCAUGCCGUGAUGCUGGAAUACCUGCGUGCCUGUGACGAGGACGAAGAGAAGCUAGAGGAGACAGUGACUGCCUUUGCGGCUCUUGUGCCCCACAUGCUUUCCACUAAGGAAGGCAGCGAGGCUGGUGUCAUUUGCUUCUACAAAUCCACGCCCAAGAACCGUCGAGCCAUCAUCAAGAACAUUAAGGAGCAUUUACUGAAGAUUGCCACUCACGAGCAUGGCCACGUUUUCCUCAUCUCACUGCUCAAUGCCCUCGAUGACACAAAGGCCACCAAGAAGGCCAUCUACGACCAUUUGCAUGGUGAUCUGAAGACGCUGGUGGGCAACCAGUACGGUCGUCGAGUGGUGCAGUGGCUGGUGGCACCUGGUGACACCACCUGCUUCCAUCCAAAGUUUAUACGUUUGGUGGACGAGGGUUUGGCCUACGGCAAGAAGGAGAAGGAGCUGCGCCGUAAGGAGAUCUUCGAGCAGAUCGAAGCACCGAUUGCCGAAAACAUUGUUGAGGAUCCGGCCUUCUGGCUGUCCAACAGCCAUAUUGGCCUAGUUACCGCCGAUGUUCUCAAUCACCUUCAGGGCGAAUCGUAUGAGAAGGCGGCUACCGCUUUGGCCAAAGUGAUUGCUCAGCCGGAGUGGCGCAUUACAGCGGAUGCGGCCGGGCCACAGCCACAGGAUAAGAAGAAGGCACACAAUGAUGUGGAGGCCAUUAUAGCAGAGGCCACCAAGCAGCGUAAAAAGCUGCUCCAGAACGAUAUCAGCAGCAGCGAAGAGGACGAGUCUGAGGAUGAAGGAGAAGACGAACAAGAUGAAGACGGAGCCCCCAAGCUGAAGAAAGCCAAAAAGGCAAAGGAAGAGGAGCUAGCAGAAGCAGCUCCAUUAGUCUCCGGCAUCGAGGAGGCUGGUAUGCACAUUGUCUUAAAAAAGAUCCUCAAGAAUGAUGUAAAGCGUGAGGGUGACAUUACAUUCGGACAGCAGCUUUUGCAAAAUCUAUCCGCCGAUGUAAAUGUGCUAAACUCGUGGCUGAGUGUGAAUCGAGCUUGUUUUGUCCUUGUCAAGCUAGUGGAGAACAGUCCAUCGCUGUUGAAGUCCUGCAAGGAGACCAUCACGUCGGAGAAGAGCCUUAGCCAGACGCUACUUGGUCAGAAGACGCCCGGGGCCAAGAUGCUGGCCACCAAACUGGCCUUAAAUAGCGGCAAAUGAAACCGAAAACGAUAACCUCGUUUUGCUAGCUUAGACAACAUAAUUUUUUAAAAAUACAUAAACCUAUAUAUUGAGAAA